CGCUCCUUCGCAAGGGAUGCUGGGGAUUGUAGUUUUUCAUGCUUCUGUGCAUUUGUUCCUCUCCUGGCCGACACGUCGGGACCGCACGGAGCAGCAGAUCAGGUCAGAAGCCCGGACGUGUUAGAAAGACCCGGAACCCAGACUUCUCUCCUGUCCAGAUGGGUUUACAUGAACACAGGGCCAUACUUGGGACAUCACACAAAAGACUAAACUUUGGAUACCCUGUAUUUUGGAAAUCUUAAACCUGCAAUACCUGGAAACUGAAAUAAAGAAAUUAAAUAUUUUUUUUUACUUUCUGGAGAAGAAAAAAAAAAAAAAGGAAGGGGGAAAAAAUAGGGUAUCUUGGAACAUUCAAAAUGACUUCAGAGCUAGAGAGCAGUCUCACUUCUAUGGACUGGCUCCCAAAGAUCACAGUGAGAUCGGCCAUUCAAAGUUCUGAUUGCAGCCAACAUGGCCAUGGAACAGGUAUCCCAAAGAAGAAUUCGGUGCUCGACCCAAACACAACACUGGACCAGGAAGAAGUACAGCAGCACAAAGAUGGGAAACCUCCAUAUAGCUACGCCAGCCUCAUUACAUUUGCAAUCAAUAGUUCGCCAAAAAAGAAAAUGACUCUAAGUGAGAUUUACCAGUGGAUCUGUGAUAAUUUUCCAUACUACAAGGAGGCUGGAAGUGGUUGGAAGAAUUCUAUACGACACAACCUGUCCCUGAAUAAGUGCUUUCUGAAAGUGCCUCGAUCCAAGGACGACCCUGGAAAGGGGUCAUAUUGGGCAAUAGACACAAAUCCAAAGGAGGAUGCAGCACAAGCACGGCCAAGGAAAAGGCCGCGAUCAGAAGAGCGAGCCUCAACCCCAUACAGCAUAGAUUCAGAUUCCCUUGGAAUGGAUUGUAUUAUCCCUGGAAGUGCCUCUCCGAACCUGGCUAUCAACACUGUGACUAAUAAAGUAACCUUAUACAACACAGAUCAGGAUGGCAAUGAUAGUCCUCGAAGUAGCCUUAACAACAGUCUUUCUGAUCAGAGUGUGUCCUCCUUAAACUUGAAUAAUGUGGGCAGUGUACAUAGCUAUACAUCCGUAACAAGCCACCCCGAGCCAUCUGCUCAAACAUUAACACAACAAUCACCCUAUAGUGCACCGGAAAGAGACAAGCUCUACCCUGAAUACAGUUUUGAAGAUCUCAGUGAUUCAUUUAGAAGCCUGUAUAAGUCUGUUUUUGAACACUCUGUAAGCCAAGGCUUGAUGAACCUGACUUCAGAGUCCUCCCAGCAGACACAUUCUCCUUGCUCCUAUCAGCACUCCCCUAGCAGCACAAUGAGUUCUCAACAGCACGGUAGCCAAAAUAACCUAACAAAUAGCCAUGCAAGCAGCAUUGGCACAAGUGUAGGCGACUCCAUGGGGCAGGUUCACUUAUCUCACACUCAGCUACACACGCAACAGUCACAACAUUCACCACACAUACACCACAAUGUUAUACAUCACCAGCAUCCUCAGCAGUGUACUCAGCACACAUCUCACUGUCAUCAACAAAGUCCUCAUCAGCCUCAACAUCCUCAGCAGCGUGCCCAGCAUCCUGCACAACAUCAGCAUAUACAGCACCAUCCGAACCAUCAGCAUCAACCUCUAACACAUCAGACAUCUCUAGCGCAGCAACAAAUACCCAGCAGCAAUGAAUGGAGCUCCACUUUAGAUAUGCUAAAGGAAAGCUGCCGUAUCGCUAGCAGUGCCAACUGGUCUGAUGUGGACCUCUCUCAGUUCCAAGGCUUAAUGGAAAGUAUGAGACAAGCAGAUCUGAAGAACUGGUCCCUAGAUCAAGUUCAGUUUGCAGACUUGUGCUCUUCUCUCAAUAAAUUCUUUACCCAGACUGGCUUCAUCCAUUCACAGAGCAAUGUGCCAUCCCCAGUUUGCCACAGUAACAUGCACUCCACAAAGCCCACACAGCACCUCGGAACAGGUAAUGUUUAUAUGGAUUCUAGGCAAAAUGUUCCUACUUCAAUGAUGGGACCUCCAAGUUACCCACUUAUACCAACGCCAAUGAGCACUACAGGGUCACAUAUGUCAGGACACCAUGGAGUAAUGAACCAGCAUAUGAUGCCAUCAUCAAACUUCCACAUGCGCCGUCCUCUUCCUGCAGAUGAUAUUCAAGAUGACUUUGACUGGGACUCUAUUGUAUAGCACUAUUAAACUGGUUUACUGUCUUGUGUCCCUUGCUAUUCAUAUAAGUGGCCAUGAAUGUGAUGACAAAAGGUAGAAAUAUCCAAAUAAUGAAAGCUAAACUGCUAUCGAUGUUCACUUUGAUGACAAUCAAAACUAUACUUUACUUAGCAGGAUAAAUGAAAUGAAUGGUUUGAGUUGACCCCGUAAAAAAAAAAAACAAACCCGUUUGUUUCGCUGGUAAGCUGCCGUCGCUCAUUAUCGUUAUGUGAUUUAGACCGCUUGUUUGGCUUUGUGUUUACUAAUGUCAGCCACAAGUGUCAUAUUGAAAUCUGGAUCGAUUCUCACUCCUUUAGGAAUAUCAGCAUUUCACACCUUUCGUAGUACCAAACCAUGGAAACAACUGCUGCACAUCAGGCUUUAGAAUGGAUCUCUUCAUUGUAUUAUUUAUAUACCCUUCUCUGUUGCUUUUUAGUUGUACAUUUGUGAGGGAAUCUUUCGUUAAGCUUUCACUGCCAUUUUGAAGGACAGCUAGUGAACGAGCUAGGGUAUGUUGUGCCUUCAGCGGCAACUGCACAAUGCAGACUGAUGUGUCAAGGUUGCCAUUUGCCCACAUGUCCCUUUUUAUGUACUUGAGACUUUCAUUUAAGUGAUGGCUUAUAUAUAAGCUCAUCAAGCGCUGACUGCUGCUUUCUUGCAGCAAAAUAUGCUUUUUGUAAUGUAAAAGGAAAAAUAUACAUACUCUUUGUAUAUCCUCCAUUAAGGCUCUAAGACUUUGAAUCAGACAAUGGCAUAUUAAUGGAACUGAACAUACUUCGCUGCUUAUUUGCUUUCUUGUUGGUACAGCUCAAAAUGCACGAUAUCCUCAAAAGUAUCCGGAGCAUCUCAUUCAAGGAGCAAGGGUAAUAAUAUAGUGUUGGUCUUCCCAACAGCCUGUGCUCUUUUGGAAAGAUCUCUUAUUAGAUGUUGGGGGAUUUGCUUCCUUUUGGCCACAAUAGUUUUAGUGGAUUUGCGCACUGAUGUUGCUAUCAGGUCUGGCUUACAUUCCCUGGACUGAUGAAUGACGCUCCUGCCUGUUUACAUAAGGCUCACUAAAUUUAGCGGCAAAGGAAUUGGAGAACAGUCCUUGUCCAUAGACGACCAGUUGGGUUCAACUUAUAUAUUCAAAACAGUUUUGUAUGGACUGUGCUAUAUGCAUGGGGGCAUAUAGGAUUGGAAGUUUGUCUUGAGUGGAGCCAGAGAUUCAGUGGACCAUUCUUCCACCAAACCUAGUUGACGUUAUGCAUUCAUCACUUUGGGUAAUGCUUUUCCCCUGCCUCAGUGUCAAGUAGUUGCAUCCUUUUUACCAAUAUCUGUUGAUGUUAGGCUUGGGUGCAUCUGCUUGCUCCUAGGAAAAAUCCCAUGCUCCUGAAAACUAUGUUGUUUCCAAAGAAGUGGUCCAACCGAAGAAAUGCCAGGGGAUGUCCAGAUGCUUUGAGCUAUACAGUGUAUUUCUGAGCACUUGCUGGUGUACUUUUGCAGCUAACUAUAGACAUCUUCCUAUACCAACGCACAAGGAAUAAUUCUAAAUAUGCAGAAAAGACAUAUCAGUGCCUUUAAUAUACCCUCCUUCCUUACUGCCUAUUUAGGAGCCACUAAAUGGAAGAUAAAUCCCACUAGAGUAUGUUUCCUUUAAUUUAUCCACAACUUUUGUUCAGAAGAACAGUACCAAUGCCCUAGUGCUCCAGCUGCAUUUUCUCCAUGUAUUUUAUUCUUUCUAAGGCAUCUCAUAGGAAAUAUGUUGUGUAAUGUAUUUAUUAGACCUAUGGUACAUGGGCUUUUAUUCAGCUGCCAGAGAAGCCACCGAAUAUGGCUGUGCAACAUAUUAUUUACUUGAAUGGAAUCAUCGACAGGUGGCUUAUUCACAUUUGGGCCCGUCACCACUAGGAACAGACCCGUUCCAUUCAAGUAAAUGACCAGCGGCAUAACCUCACUCUUGGCAGAGAAUAAACCCCUUGCACCGUGGGCCUUACAGACAGUCAUGUUACCAUACAAAGUUCGAUGGUGACUUUCUAAAAAUUGAUUUAUUUUUUUUCGUUGUCGUUUACAAAAAUAUAUACUUUUGCCCUUAGUACAGAUGAAUACAUUUGUUGCUGAAAUUCUUUUUUUUUUUUUUUUUUUUUAUAGAGAAUCAAUGGCAGUAAAUACAGUCUUGAUAUUUUAAAACAUUUUAUGAUAUAAGAACAAUGUGUCAGAUUUAAAUGUAAUAGUAAAAUUUGUUGUAUUCAUACUUGUUUAUUUUGCCUGGGGAGUAAUUUAGCCACACCAACAGGCAUUUUAAUCUGUCCUUUACCAAUGCCAUCUUUCCACAACCAAUGCUGCCAGCACACCUCACAUAUUUUAUUACUUGUAGGCUUACAUUCCAUCCACUGAACCAUUGCUCCAUGCACGAAGUGCAUUCUUACUGCAUGGAACAAUGCGCCUCUGGGCACUUUAAGCACAUUUGGAUGGGGUAAGGGGCACUUUGCACCUUGCUGGUUGUUUUGUAUCUAACUCCAGUAUUUGUAAUGGCUUUCAAGCCUACGCGCCACCUAGUUAGCAAGAGGCCCGGAAACAAGGUGCUGACUAAAGCUUUAUCUAUUUGUUCAUUCAUUCUUAUCAAAAUGUUUAGACUGACAAGAAGUGAACAGGAGAAGCUGUGAAAGUUCAUGCCCCCUAGUCUCCCAUUGGACUCCGUAUGUCUCUUUGCAUUACAUUUUAAUAUAAUGUGGCUCUCAAAUAUGGUAACCUGGCUAAUGAGCACAACACCUAGAAAAAGUUGGUAAGUACUAGCCUUAGAUUCCCCCUGAACGCAAACUCCAUUUUCUCCCACCAUGUAGCCUCUGGGAGUGCAUAGAGGAUAUGAACAAGGGUGUAUUUAUGGUUAAUUGACCUUAAUCUUCACCAUUUAUAAACCGUAUAUAGUAGGGAUGCACCGAAUCCACUAUUUUGGAUUCGGCCGAACCCUCGAAUCCUUUGCGAAAGAUUCAGCCGAAUCUGAACCCUAUUGCAUAAUGCAAAUUCGGAUUCGGUUCGGCCGGGCAGAAUCCAAAUCCUGUUGAUAAAGACCGAAUCCUGAAUUCGGUGCAUCCCUAGUAUAUAGCUCAAUACUUUCUGCAUUGGCCCAGUAAAAGCUUGUCCGG